AUGGCGCACAAGCCUUCGGCUGCGGCAGACCUGAAGAAGCCUGUCCCGGCGGAGCUGGAGGGUCUCGCUCAGCCACACAUAGACUCAUUUGACUUCUUCCUGGGCCAGGGCCUCGAAAAUGUCGUGGAGGGCGUGGCAAGUGUGGAGGUGGAGCACCCCAUAACCAAGCACCGCCACAGCUUCUGGCUGGAGAAUGCCGUCAUUGGACGCCCGACAAAGGACGACGCCUCGAGUGGCGCAGACCGUCGCCUGUUCCCCAGGGAGUGCCGCGAGACGGGUAGCACUUACCGCGCCCCGCUGUCGGUGGACGUCGUUUGGCAGGCAGAAGGCCUGAUGCAGACCCAGCGCGUCACAAGGAAGCUGGGCCAGAUCCCCAUCAUGGUGAAGUCCCGUGCCUGCUACCUCCGUCACCUGCGACAGGAUGAGCUGGUGGAGCAGAAGGAGGAGGCCAACGAGUUUGGCGGAUACUUCAUCUGCAAUGGGAAUGAGCGCAUCAUCCGCAUGCUCGUGCAGAACAGGAGGCACUACAUCUUCGCCCUGCGCCGCAGCGCAUUCCACAAGCGCGGACCUUCCUUCACCGAUAUGGCCACCCUGCUGCGCUGUGUGCGUCCAGAUGAGUCAUCCCUCACCAACCGAUGUCAUCUCCUCGCCGACGGCACCGCGGUUUUUGCCAUCACACUGCGUCGUGCAGAGUUCUUCAUUCCAGCUGGUAUCCUGCUCAAAUGCUUCCUGGAUGUGUCCGACAAGGAGCUCUUUGACAUGCUUGUCCUGGGCGCAGCAAAGGUUGGAGAGCUGCUUCUGCGUGAGAACCUCUUCAUCCACGUUGAACACCCUGCCGACAAACUCCAGUUGGGGUUACAGAUGCUGCUGAAGCUCUAUGCUCUGGCGAACCGGCAGUGCUGUGAGGACAACCCAGAUGCCCCUACCCAUCACGAGCUCCUGCUCCCUGGUCACCUGCUCCUAAAAUUCAUGAAGGACCAGCUCGAGAAUUGCCUGGACGCUGCAACAGCACAAAUGAAGAGGGAUCUGGAGAAGGCCCCAGAACUUGUGAACCUCACGGACGAGCAGUAUGUGCAGAAGGCUUGCGAGAAGAUGUUCGACGUGGGACAGAAGGUCGAAUAUCUGCUGAACACCGGCAACCUGCUUUCCAAAUCUGGUCUAGAUCUCAGCCAGGCCACGGGCUUUACAGUGCUCGCUGAGAAACUGAACUUUCACAGGGUGUUUUGUCAGUGGAAGUUCUACAAUGAGACAAUCAAAUCCAAUUGA